UGCCGUUAAACACCAUAGAAGAAGAAAAAGAACGCAGCGAGGCAGCGUCGUCCAGACUAGAACACAUUUUAGGGUUUUUCUGAGUAAAAAUGUCAACAAGCGAUUUCUAUUUGAGGUAUUAUGUUGGGCACAAAGGAAAGUUUGGGCACGAAUUUUUAGAGUUCGAGUUCAGACCUGAUGGUAAACUGAGGUACGCAAACAACAGCAACUACAAGAACGACGUCAUGAUCAGAAAAGAGGCGUACGUACACAAGAGUGUGAUGGAGGAGCUGAAGAGGAUCAUUGAUGACAGUGAGAUCACCAAAGAAGACGACGCGUUAUGGCCGCCUCCCGACAGAGUUGGCAGACAGGAACUAGAGAUAGUCAUCGGAGAUGAACACAUUUCAUUCACAACGUCAAAAAUUGGCUCUUUGAUUGACGUCAACCAGUCAAAGGACCCUGAAGGCCUUCGUGUGUUCUAUUACCUGGUUCAGGAUCUGAAAUGCCUGGUCUUCAGUCUCAUUGGUCUACACUUCAAGAUUAAGCCCAUCUAAAUUUAUACUUUUAUUUCCUUUAACCAGUUUGUUACCACAUUUGUACAUUUGCUUUUGACAAAACUGUUUAUUUUAAAUAAAAGCUCAAAGGUAA